AUGCUUCUGUUCUUUGCCAGAAACAGAGGCGCCGCUAAAAACGUUGCCUUAUUGGGGGCCCUGAACAAAAACGCCUACUUCAGCCAUCAAAGGGCACCGUGGGUCAUGCAAGUGGCGUCCACCAAGUCGGUUUGUGGCAAGUCUGCCGGAGGCGGUGGCAGUAAGCACACCGUGUCCUACAAGCCGUACUGCGCACCGCCGCAGAAGCCUCACGACAAGAAGAAUAUGGACCUUAACAGGCCCAUGUCGCCCCAUCUCACGAUCUACGCGCCCACCCUGCCCGCCAUGACCUCCAUCGCACAGCGGAUCACGGGGUGCUACAAAAUUGGGUUUUUUGUGGCAAGCGAGCUGGCGCCACACCUGGUGUCAGGUGAUAGCCGCCGCGUUGCAACAUCCGUGGGCGUUGCAGAUGCGCCGUCGCCCUUUAAUAAAUUGAACACCAAGGAGAAACGUGUGGUGGUGCUCUCCUACGCUCUCCUGCUAUCCGCCGGGGCACUGUUCCUGCCCAACGGCGUGGAGUCCUACGUCUCGAUGAUACAGAGUUUCGACCUUUCGCGGUCAUCGAUCUUCGUGAUCAAGGCGCUGCUCGGCGCCCCCUUCGCGUUCCACUACGCCAACGGGAUAAGGUACUGCGCGUGGAAUGCCGGGAAGUGGCUCGCCCUGAAGGACGUAUACGCAACGGCCCAAAAGGCUUUCAUCGUGACUGGCGUGCUCACCUUUCUGUUCGCCCUACUU